UAAAACAAUUGUGCUAAUCUGUGAUUAUUAAUCAGUUUCAGUCAAAAAACAGUUAAAAAUACUUUACUGAUUUAAUAUGGAUUAUGGAAAAUGUAGCCCUCAAAUCCACACAUAACACUAUAAAGCUCAAAUAAGUGUACCUUAUAGCUUUCCAACCAAGACAGACAUUUUUAUGUAAAGCUCAUUUACUAAAGAUCACACACCAUAGAAUAGAAGGAAACUUGAGCACUGUUCCCUGUUUGGUUGACAAUGAGUUGGUAUUUAAAACCUGUAACAAUAACACAGUAUUGUUUACUCCAGGUAUUAUGCAGAGUUUGUACCACUGGCUCAACCAACUGUUGAUGGUAACGGCACCUUUAGAUGGACUUUAUACCCAAAACUGAAAACCAUGAGAAUUAGGCUGUCGCCUCUCCCCAAGGAAUGGCUUUGACGUAACAUAAGGGACGGGUUUCCUGAAGUUUCAUUUAUAACAGAACUUACACUUAUCUCAUUUCACCCAACACACUCGCUGCACACAAAAGAAAGAAACUCAUAUAGGUUUGGAAUGAAAUGAGGGUGACUAAAUGAUAAAACAAUUUUCAUAUUUGGAUGGACUAUCCAUUUAAUUUGGACAGGAUUUUUUUCAGUUGUAAUGAUUGAAAUACACCACUAGGGGCAGUAAUUGCUUAGUCUUUGCCUGUGCUGAUGCGCUUGCUGCUUUGUCAACUUUUUCUUUUCCUUCUGUCUUUUAUUAUGCUAAUAAAACUAAGUUAUUUAAAGUGUUUUUUUUCUCUCUCUUUGCAGUUUUGGUAGCCCCAGAUCUGCUUUCCAGCUCCCUCAGCAGUGACAUCACUGUGAUAGAGUGGAAUCCAGUGGACAGCGCUGUGUUAUACAGCCUGGUCAUGGCCAUGGUGGGUUCAGACACACAGGUCAGACUCAACAUGACUCAGACCAACGUGACCUUCACUAACCUUCAGCCUGGCACCACCGACAGCAUCAAGGGCAAUGCCUGGGAUCCUGAUGGUAACCAAGGAGAUGACAUCACCAUCUACCAAAUCACACGUCCUCCUGUCCCAGGAGCUGUGCAGGUUCUGUUUACGCCAAGUCGCUCUAUCGAACUUCUGAGACUCUACAGGAUGGAUAACAGCACUCUUCGGGUGUACUGGUGCUCUUCUCCCGGCCUGUACAACUACACAGCUGACCUGUAUGGCACCAGAUCCAACUACACCUGCAGAGCGACACAUGGGGCAAAUGGAUGUGACAUCUCCGAGAUCCCGUGUGGGGAAGUGUACACUGUCGUUGUCGCUCCCUUAACACAAGAGGGGGUCAAAGGUCACAUACUGCCCCAGAAAACUCUACUCGGUCUUCUGUUUUGGAAACAUCGUGGGAAUGGAUGCAGAGUCUCAUGGGACAGACUUACUCAGGGCAUUCGAAACUGGGGGCCUUUGUGUCCAUCAUAAGAUAAAGCGUAUCAUGUCAACAUAUGGACAUGUUUAUUGCUGUACAGCCUGUGACAAUAACUCAAAUACUCUUGGGACUCCAGAUGCGGAUCUCAAUCAAAUCGUCUUCAGAUAUGAUAAAUGAUAAAGUGUUUUGUUACAAAUAAAUCUUAUAAAGUCUGUCUGAAUGUCACCUGAAAAAAAUCUAACUAAAUUUUAAAGGAAAUCCUAUUUAAGACAUUAUUUUAAUGACAAUUAAAUAC